AUGACUGGAUUGCGGCUCAAAGACUCCUCGAAGGUUCACGAUCAGCUCCGCAUCGACGCGCACCACGUCGGAGCCCCGGCCACGGAGCCGCCCUCUAUCCCCCGACUCGACGAUGAUUUUGUCGACAACUCAACUAUAUAUUACACUGCCACGAUUCUUGCCUCGUUCGCCUUGUUGGUCUCGGCAAAGCAGGUAUGUCGGUUCCCUAUCCAAUGUUGGGUACCGGCCACUUUCACCGACGCCAUGGAGCAGUACACCGAAAACUAUUGCUGGGUCCAAAAUACGUAUUGGGUGUUAAUGCAGGAGGACAUUCCACGUGAAAUCUACUCGCGAAGAAAUCGACAAAUUGGCUACUACCAAUGGGUGCCCUUUAUCCUGGCCAUCGAGGCGCUAUUAUUCUAUGUGCCAUGCAUUUUGUGGCGAGGGUUGCUGUACUGGCACUCUGGGAUCAACCUGCAAGGGCUUGUCCAGAUGGCUUGUGACGCCAGCUCUCGAACAUGCUUCCCUCGAUACAACUUGGUGCCCAAAUGUGGUCGACAUUGUGGCUGUUACGUCACAAUGCUCUAUAUUGGAAUCAAGGUCCUCUACUCGGCAAAUGUUCUUCUCCAAUUCUUCCUCCUCAACCACUUGUUAGGCGCCAACGAUUUGGCUUAUGGAUUUAGUUUAUUGACGGAUUUAAUGCACGAAGUGGAAUGGGAGCAGACAGGAAUGUUCCCCUCGAGUAACACUAUG